UUUCUUUUUUUCUUCGUACAACAUCGGACGUCAAGGCGUUGUCAUCAUAAUUUUUCAGUAGACUUUUGCAUGAGAAGAAGAAAAUCCAAAAUUUUUUAUUUAAUUUAUUUAAAACAAAAAAAAGUGCUUAAAAUUAAAACAAAUUGCAAAAUAGUUUUGAAAAAACAAAUUGGAAACUUCUCUUUCAAAAAAAAUUACAGCAAAUAAACGAAAUUGUGUUAAAAUAUUAACUAAAAAAACUGAAACAGAUUUCUUUUUCUUCGUUUUACGAAAGGAAAUCAAACAAAUAUAUAAAAAAUAACCAAUGACGACGAUUCGCAAAAAGUUGGUUAUUGUUGGCGAUGGUGCCUGUGGUAAAACCUGCUUAUUGAUUGUCUUUAGCAAAGAUCAAUUUCCCGAAGUUUAUGUACCCACUGUAUUUGAAAAUUAUGUGGCCGACAUUGAAGUAGAUGGCAAACAGGUUGAGCUGGCCUUAUGGGAUACAGCUGGUCAAGAGGAUUAUGACAGACUUCGACCACUCAGUUAUCCAGAUACAGAUGUUAUUUUAAUGUGUUUCUCUGUUGAUUCACCUGAUUCAUUAGAAAAUAUUCCUGAAAAAUGGACACCAGAGGUUAAGCACUUUUGUCCAAAUGUUCCCAUCAUUUUGGUGGGCAACAAAAAGGAUUUGAGAAAUGAUCCUAAUACUAUCCGGGAUCUUUCAAAAAUGAAACAGGAACCAGUCAAGCCGCAAGAAGGUCGUGCUAUGGCUGAAAAAAUUAAUGCCUUUGCUUAUUUGGAAUGUUCGGCCAAGUCCAAGGAGGGUGUACGAGAAGUCUUCGAAACAGCUACUAGAGCUGCAUUGCAAGUUAAAAAGAGGAAGAGGACCAAAUGCCAUUUGCUCUAAAAGAGUUCAUACAACAACAACAACUAAACAAACAAAAACAGAAAAAAAACAACAACUACCAACAGCAACAACAACAACAAAAAGAAAA